UUUGUGUGGGACAUCGAACUCAAUGUGUGUGGUUUACAAUGUUUGGCGGAUGUGUUUGUUGGUAUUUUACAUAAACAUUCUUUCGUCUGAUUUGUUUGGGAAAAUAUCUUUACAUCUGCUGAUGUGUUUUACUUUAGUAUUCCAGGAACAGCUGAGUACAACGUUAUACAAGUUUGAAUUGUCUUGACACUGCGACGACCAGUCAGUCGACGACCGACUACCCCUCGCAAACUCGACUGCCUGAACCACCUGGUGUGUACUGUACACACAUAGCUACUGCUGCCGUGCGACUAGCGACUGUCACUGUGGCCACAUUCAUUGAUCUUUGGAACAAUUGUGUUCGUGAUACGUUUUGGGUUAUAAUAAUUAUGUAAACCUGGCCAGGUUAUGAGUGGGCUUAGCCUUACAGUAGGCCCAGGUUUGAAGUCUUUUCUGAAGUGUUUGAGUUUGACAAGAGACUGGAAAUAGCAUGGCUAGAAAUGCUGCAACCUUCGAUGACGCCCUGUACUGGACGGUCAAGGAGGUCGGCGACUGGCUGGAACGGAUUGGCUUUUAUGAAUAUAAAGAACCAUUGCAGACUGUUGGAAUCAAUGGCAAGGAGCUAUUUGAACUAUCAGAGAACAAGCUACGGAGGUUGCAUCCGACACGUAAUAUGCCAACAGGACGCAGUGACCCAGCUUCGAUGUUGUGGAAACAGAUAAAUAAAGUGAAGGAGAAUCGCCGUCCUGACCGUAAAAAAACAAAGAAUCCAUUUUCAGGAUCACGAUGGGGUGCCAGUGAGAAGAGGCCACCUCAAGCGCCAGAGCCGGAUUAUAACCAACCACCCCCGUCUCCCGGUAGACGAGAUGACGGAAGUGAAGAGGAAAACUGCUGGGGAAGUGAUUUCAGCAAUGAUGAAGAUGAAUUUGAGCAAGCAGAAGACAACCCAGCAUUGCUACAAGGAAAUACCCAAGGACGUACUGUGAGCUACAAUGGAUCAUCUACUUCCUCAUUCACCAAUCUGAGUUCAAGUGCAUCUGGGAAGGAGGAUGACUCCAGCCUGUACCUCGCUCCCAACACAGAUGAAGAUUUUGAUCAGACAUAUGAAGUACCGAGUGAACAGAUGAACAGCUCAUAUGGUGAUGAUGCAGGUGAUGAGAUAUACGAUGUACCCCAUGAUGAAGAAGAAAAUAAUCACCAAGCAUUUCAAAAAAGACAUCCUGGUGGGGGAAGAUCCGUUAGCCCACUUCCUCAAGUAAUCGCACCAAGGCCCCUGCCAUGCCCUCCUCCUCAUCUGCAAGCCCCUUGGCAGCAGCAGCAGCAGCAACAUCCAUCCCAAAUGCUGGAUCUUCCAGGUAGAAUCAGCCCUCGACCACCACUGUCUCCACGUCACUACAAAAGAGCACCAGAGAUCUCCCAAAAAGAGGAGAUAGAGCAGGAGAAUUAUGAAGUACCGUCUCUAGCAGAAGAGCCAGAGCAGUCCGAGUAUGAAGCCCCUAUGAUGGAGCAACAGGAAGAAGAAGAAGAGGAAGAGUACCUUGUAGCAGAUACAACAAGAGGGUUCAAGACCAGAAGGCUACCCGAGCUUCCACAAAAUGAUUCUGUUGGUUUCCCAUCACGUCCUCCAGCCCCUCUUCCGUCUAGUGGUGGUGGCCCUCCUCCAAGGCCCGUCAAACCCCCAGAUCUCCACUUCUCGUCUUCGGAUGAGGCCCUCCCUCCACCGAUCCCGGUGCGGCCUCCUGCGUCACGAUCUCCUGUUGAAACAAAGGCCUUCACAACCAAAGUCCUUCCAGACCCGCCCCCUCAAACUAUACGAAACAUUGUGAAAAGAACGUCCGGGGACCUUGCAUUUGGGAUAAACACGAACAAUGGUCUCCUUGAGGAAAGACGAGGUUUAAGUCAGCCGCCUCCUCCGUUAGCGGUGAGUACAAUGAAGCCACCACCACUGCCAAAGAAUAUACCAGAGACGCCCAACGGAAGUAGAGACCUGCUCAACACUGCUGCGAACAACGGCGACGGGAUCGCCAAAAUGUUGAACAAGUUUGAGAGGAAGGAUGAACCGGAGAUUAAACCACCUCAGCUUACACCAAGGCCACUGCUCAAGAAGCCUGACCCCGCCUCUAAGCCAACCCCUACCCGAAAACCCUGGCAGAAAUCUAUUCACGCUCCACCACAGGAGGUGAACCUUCCCCUGUCUACCCCAACAAGACAUACCCUGGCGUCGGCUGACAACAGAGCAGGCCAGCCUCCGAAACUUCCAUUGCCGCAGCCGUCCCCUCGGUCACAUUUGCCAGAUCCUGCUGACAUUGAGAGAAAUAGUGUGAAGCCAAUGCCUCAAAUUCCAGGCAAGGACCUGCACAAGCCCAUCAAGAAGUUUACACCUCAUUCACCAAAGGCUCAUCCAGAAAUUCCUAAAAAGAGUGAAGCAAUGGAAGAGAAAGUGCCGUUAAGGAGGGAGCCAGAGAAAGCGCCGUUAAGGAGGGAGCCAGAGAAAGCGAUCAGACAAGUUCCAAUGGUUCCUAAAAUGAGUGAUAUGACUGGGUAUCCAUGGUAUGAUGCUAAACUGAGCAGGGGCGAAGCUGACCGAAUUCUCAAAGAAACUAAGAAGGACGGUGCAUUUGUGGUACGGAACAGCGCUAGGCCUGACCAAACUACCCCCUACUCUCUUUCACUCUGGUUCAACAACAAAUCAAGAAACCUACACAUCAGGCUGCGGAGUGACGGCAAAUACGCCCUUGGAAAAUUCAAAGAAAAUGAACAGGUAUUUGACACACCAGUACUUCUGAUCCAGUAUCACAUGACCACGCCUCUAAUUCUGGCUGGAGAUGAAGGCAAGACCUGCCUCAAGAUAGCGGCUCCUAACUUCCGCUGAUGAAGAGGAGACGAGUGUGCCACUGGAGAGAAACCAACUCUCCAUGUGUGUUAAUCAACUCAAUCUAAACAGUGAAGUGCCUCUGUUGUGAGAUGAUAUGUAUUACUAUCACUAUGAAAAUCUUCUUCUUGAAAAUGGGGAUGAAAAUCUACUUUUCUCCUUGAAAUGGGUUUGAGCUUGGCUAGCUUUCCCUGAAACCAUGGUGAAAUUCACGGAGGAAGACUCUUUUUUUUCCUAGACGAUUUAAGGGAAUCUUAAAGAAUAUUGAAAGAGAAAUAGCUACAGAUACAGCAACGCUCUUAUCUGCUUGACCAUGACACUAUAAAAAGUUUGUUAGGCAAUAGCUCAGUAGAGAUCCACUAGUCAUAAUUCAUCUGUUUUCAGUAAGCAAGUGGUUGUUUGAUAAGACAUGAAUGAUUAUGACAAUUUGAACUACCUUUAUAUCCUAAAACGACAGCAGUGAGCAAUCUAUUGGCAGCAGGCAGACGAGUAUCAAGUACUGCCGAGUACUAGAGCAGCUGAGUGGUACUCGAUUACAAGUACUUGGGCUAUCAAGCACAAGUACUAGUAAUUUGAGUAUUCUGAUCUCCGAGUAGUGUGUCCAACGGCCGAGUACCAAGUAAUUGGAUCUAUGAGUACGAUAAAAAGAUGAGUACUUUAUGAAAAAGGUUUUGCAAAAUGAGGUCUUAAAUAUGACUUGUUUUAACCACUUCACAUUGGUUAUUCGAGAGAAGAAAAAAAUUCCAUGCUCACCCGCGGUUCUUUUUUUCUUGGUAAAUGUUUUGAGCUUCUGGAGUUAUCAAUAUCCUUUGACUUGAUAAAGGAAAGAGAACAACGGUUGUUAUAAUUUGGCACUAGAAUUUGAUGCUGUCUUGUGAGAAAAUAUGAGUAAGAACUUAUCGUGACUCAUUACAUUUUUUUACUCAUUUCUCAAAAUAUACAGCACCUCAGGAAGUAAUAUUUGAAGGGAAGCUUUCCACUA